GGAGACUCCUCCUUACGCGCUCCGGAAGCGGAAGGCGGGUGGUUGAGGGAUUGCGGAGCGUUUGGUUACCUUGGAGAGCGGGGUGGGGAGCUGCGGUGUAGCCGGCCGGGGUCUCCAGCGCGCCGGGUGAAGGAUCUUAAAAAUUGUACAGAAUUUCAAGAUGAGUGAUACUUCUGAAGUGAUUCCAAUUUUUGAAGAGAUGUUUGCAAGCAGAUUCACACAAGAUGACAAAGAAUACCAGGAAUACUUGAAACGCCCUCCUGAAUCCCCUCCAAUUGUUGAGGAAUGGAAUAGCAGAGCUGGUGGUAACCAAAGAAAUAGAGGCAACUGGCUGCAAGACAACAGACAGUUUAGAGGUAGGGAUAACAGACGAGGAUGGCCAAGUGACAAUCGGUCAAAUCAGUGGCAUGGACGGUCAUGGGGUAACAACAACUACCCGCAGCAGAGACCAGAGCCCUACUAUCAACAACAGUACACACAGUAUGGCCACAACCAGCGGCCUCCAUAUGGUUACUACUGACAGAAAUGUCAGCAGCUUUUAACAAAGACCUUUUCUUUUGACAACGUGCUAAAUGCCAUGUGUCUUCUGUUGGUCAUAGCUUUUCAUUCUAUUUUAAAGAAUGGGUUGUUAAUUGAUUAGAACUUGAGACUUGAAAAACAGUAAUCUUAUUAGAAACAUGAUGGUUGAUGGGAAUAAAUUUACCAAGUGUGGAUUAUUUGACUUACAUACUGUUUUGUUUUAUGAUUUGAUAGUGUUUUGAGUUUUCCUUAUUUGGACUGUAGGGAUUCUAUAUCACAGAAAUAAAAAUUUUUAAUUAAAAUGCUGGCUUUUGCUUUAUGAAGACUAACAUGCUCAGAUGUGCUCACCUCUGAAGUGUUUCAGAGGCGAGGGCCGUCGGUCUGUGAAAACACACCCACAAUUACUUACAGUGUAUCGUACCUAAUAGCAGCAGUUCAGUUGAAAGGUAAAACAAUUAUGUUGUUUCUGUGUUUGUAUGUGAUCAUGGUGUCUUGUGGUUUAUAAGUGAGUCAGCUCCAGAACCGCUUUGGUCCCUGUGUGGAAGGACUCAUUUUCUCUGCAGCCCCGAGGCAGUGGAGGGUGGGAGGGUAGCGCUCAACAUUUUGUAUUUCCUGAGGUUUUUACAGCAAGGAAGACUUGGAUGUGUGCUACAACACAAUACUCAUGUAAAUAUUGUUGCAUUUUGAUUGUUUUGGUAUUAUGUAUUGAUUUUUGUGAGAUUAUAAUGUUUACCUUUGAUGCUUUCUCUUACAGCUAUGGUAAGGCUGUCACUUGCUUCAGAACAAUCAUUGUUGAAAUAUUUUCAUGAUAACAGAUUUAUUCAAAUAAAAAAAUUUAAAAUCCUUAUUUAGUAUAUUCUGUGUGUACCAAGUUCUGAAAGAAUGAAUAAAUUGUAUAAAAAUGUAGACAACUUUA